CGGGGGCCCGGGCCGGAUCUCUCGCGAGGAAGGACGCCAUUAUCGCAGCCGCCGCACAAAACACCACGAGAACUCGGCGCCCGCCUCACACGGGUUGCAUGCCUUGGCCAGCCCCUGCCCUGGGGAGCUGCAGUGGUGCGUGAGGGGUUCUGCUGCCUGGUUCUGAAUGAUGUCAGAGCAGGAUUUGGCAGAUGUGGUUCAGAUUGCUGUCGAGGACCUGACUCCAGAUAAUCCAGUUGUGUUGGAGAACCAUGAGGUGGCAGAUGAUGAUGUGGAACCUGCCCUGAAACGUCAGAGGAUAGAAAUCAACUGCCAGGAUCCCUCUAUUAAGUCAUUCCUGUAUUCCAUCAACCAGACCAUAUGCCUGAGGCUGGACAGCAUCGAGGCCAAGCUGCUGGCACUGGAGGCCACCUGCAAAUCCCUGGAGGAGAAGCUGGACCUCGUCAUGAACAAGCAGCACAGCCCCAUCCAGGUGCCCAUGGUGGCCGGGUCCCCGCUGGGCGCCACCCAGACCUGCAAUAAAGUGCGAUGUGUUGUCCCUCAGACCACAGUGAUCCUCAACAACGACCGGCAGAAUUCCAUCGUGGCCAAGAUGGUGGGGCAGGAGGAGCCGCUGAGCAGAGCAGCGGAUUCCCUGGAGAACAUCCUCAGCAACGCGGUGCCUGGGCGCCGGCAGAACACCAUCGUGGUGAAGGUGCCCGGCCACGACGACAGCCACAACGAGGACGGCGAGAGCGGCUCCGAGGCCAGCGACUCGGUGUCCAACAGUGGCCAGGUGGGCAGCCAGAGCAUCGGCAACAACGUCACCCUCAUCACCCUCAACUCCGAAGAGGAUUACCCCAACGGGACGUGGCUGGGCGACGAGAACAACCCCGAGAUGCGGGUGCGCUGCCCCAUCACGCCCGCGGACAUGCUGCACAUCAGCACCAACUGCCGCACGGCCGAGAAGAUGGCCCUGACCCUGCUGGAUUACCUCUUCCACAGGGAGAUCCAGGCCAUCUCCAACCUCUCGGGCCAGGGGAAGCACGGCAAGAAGCAGCUGGAUCCUCUCAUGAUCUACGGGAUUCGCUGCCACCUGUUUUACAAAUUUGGCAUCACAGAGUCGGACUGGUACCGCAUCAAGCAGAGCAUCGACUCCAAGUGCAGGACAGCCUGGAGGAGGAAGCAGCGAGGGCAGAGCCUGGCCGUGAAAAGCUUCUCCAGGAGAACACCUUCAUCCUCCUCCUACAGUGGCUCAGAGGGAUCCCAGAGCUCGGUGUCAGCUUCCAGUGAGAUGCAGCAGAACCAGCCCCAGGCCCUGCACUAUGCCCUGGCCAACGCUCAGCAGGUCCAGAUCCACCAGAUUGGAGAGGAUGGACAAGUCCAAGUAAUCCCACAGGGCCAUCUCCACAUAGCCCAGGUGCCCCAGGGAGAGCAGGUCCAGAUCACGCAGGACAGCGAGGGAAACCUGCAGAUACACCAAGUCCACGUGGGUCAGGAUGGGCAGGUGCUGCAGGGGGCUCAGCUCAUCGCCGUGGCCUCGGCCGAGCCCGCGUCCGGCGGCGUGGACGGCUCCCCGCUCCAGGGCAGCGACAUCCAGGUGCAGUACGUGCAGCUGACGCCCGUGACAGACCACUCUGCCACCAACCAAGGCACUGAUUCCCUUCAAUCAGCAAUCCAGCCAGAAAUGCAGAUAGAACACGGAGCAAUCCAAAUCCAGUAAGAGGACUGAGGAAUGUUGGGGAGCUGGCCGUGAACUCCAGCCAGAAAUGGAGUGCCAGGGACUGGAAAUUCCUCCCAGGCUCGUGGCCACACCUCGGAACCUCCAGCCAUGCCCUGCUUGGCCUCCUGGAAUAAUUCCAGCUUCAUCCGGAGCUGCAUCACGACACCAAUCGAAGUCCUGGCCUUCAGAAAAACCCCAUGGGCUGCACUUCGAGCCCCUCAGAGAGGACAAACCAAACCUUUCAGAGGGAGAGGAAGAACUCUCCUGCAUCCAAACUGUGAGACUCAGUCCCUGCCCAUCCCGUUGGUUCCUCCUGUGAAAGCGCCGUUGGAAUGUCCGCAGGUGGUGCAGGUGUUGCUGCCCUGCAGCACCUGCUUUACCACAGAGAGAAAGCUCCAGAGCUCAGAUAUUUUUCACUGUUGGAACAACCUUUUUUUUUAUUUGCUAUGGUGUUUAUAACAAAAAAAAAAAAAAAGGAAAAUAUUUCAAAAAAAGGAAAAAUUCCUUGACAAGCAAGUCUUGGCCUUUUGCUGGUGUUUUCUGUUCAGUGUCAUGAAAACUGUAUUUGCAGAAGACUAACAAUUCUGUUUGUACUGUUGCUUAACUACUUUUCUAGGGGAAAAAUGCUUUAAAAAUGCUGUAAUUAUGCAUUUCUAAUGAAAAAUAAAUGUGUAUUUAUGAA